AACGCCCUGUGGCAAUGGAGCCUGCCUCUCAGGUUGGUGUCAUCUAUACACACGAUGAACGACACCCUCAGAUGUCUCGCAGUCAAAGUCAGCACCAACGUUCCCAUUUAGCCCACGUAAGUCGCUCCAGUACCGUGAGCUCCAUGUCCCGUGGCAGUGCUGCUUCGGAUCAGAGACUUCUUACUGGAUUAACGCCUUCCCAUUCUGGUCUAGCGGCUGUAGUGAGGUCCCAGCCCAAAGGUGACAUGAAACCCGAGUCGCUGGGCAAAGGACUGGCUGACGGUGAGGACUUGGGCCUUCAUCUCUUCAUCUGUGAACGUUGUGGCCACUGCAAGUGCCAGGAGUGCUGUGCCCCACGUAAUUUGCCCUCCUGUUGGACCUGUGGCCAGCGCUGCUUGUGUUCUGCAGAAAACGUCUUGGAGUACGGCACCUGCCUGUGCUGUGUGAAGGGUCUGUUCUACCACUGCUCGGCAGAUAAGGAGGACAACUGUGCCGACCGACCGUGCUCCUGCGCCCCAGCUCACGCCUGCUCCCGCUGGAGUGCUAUGGCCUUCCUGGCACUCUGCCUGCCUUGCCUGUGCUGCUACCCUCCUGCCAAGCUGUGCCUCACUCUGUGCCAGCGUGGCUAUGAUCGCGCCACCCGUCCCGGCUGUCGAUGCAGCAACACCAACGCUGUGUGCCGCAAGAUCUCUGCCACCAACUCCGUGCCCUUUCGUAAAACCCUGGAAAAGCCUGUAUGACAUCAUGAAUGAGCCUCUUGCAAUCCUCCCUCGAGGAGACACCUCUGAUGCUGAAGCAGCCGGGGAAUUCUGCUAAAUGAACUGACCUACUCUAAACCAAUCAGGUCUCCCUGCAUCAUGUCCAUCAUCAUGUAUCCUACUUCCCUCUUUUUUUAGUAAAUCCGUGUCUAUUUAUUUAUUUAUUAGACUUCCAGGAUAGAGUUGGGUAAUGUGAACCGUAUGUAACAUACGGGGAGUACGCUAUCAGAAUUAAUGCAGAGGCUGUACUGGGUUAAAGGAUCGUCUAGACAUGGGAAGCUGUCAACAGAAGUCAGCGCUGAGUCUGUCUUCUUCAGCCUUACUGAAUGAAAAAACUGUAAGCAAGAUGGCUUACUCUAGACUCUACACGGAUACAGGGCGCUGGUUAGGGAGAAGAGCCCAACAACAACAACAACAACAAAAAUCAGACUAUGUAAGUCAAUUCUGUUUGACACCAAAAACGGGACCAUACAAAAAUCAGAAUAUUAAGCUCACCUAAGAGGGAUGUGUUUCAAGAACGGCGGUAAAGAGAGACAUUGUGCGCAUGAGUGUGUGGUAAGGAAGAAGAAGGACAAAUGUGUGUGUGUGUGUGUAUGUGUGUGCAUGUGUGUGUGUGUGUG